AUGGGGAAGCGACCGCAGGUAGUUGUUCUGUCCUCUUCCUCUGGGGAAGAUGACGGCGGGGGGCGCCGCGGCCCUCGGGCGCGGAAGCCGAGGACGGCCGCGACGGCUCCGGCCCAGGUGCAGGCUCAGGCAGCAGGCGCCUCGAGGAAAAAGCCGCGCCGCGAGAGCAGCGCGGGGAGAGGACGUCGCCGCCCCUCUAAACUCGCGCCGUCCGACUCCUCGAAGGCAACUGUGAAAGCAAUCGCUGAUGACCUUGGAGCGGACUUAUGUGAGUGGACAACUCCAGUACCAACACUGUGGGCUGAACAUGUUCAUGCUAAUUCAGGAUUACACUAUAUAUCCAAGCUUGAAGAAUUUGAAACCUUUGUGGAGAAGAUAAGGAAGUAUUCAAUGCUUUGUCCAACCAAUACCAAGUCCCAAAGGAAGCUCAUUAUCAUUUUGAUUGAUGACAUCCCUGUAACAAGUGGAAGUGUUGCUUUUGCAAGACUAGGAAAAUGCUUAACUGGUUUAAUUCGAAGUACUCAAGUACCAACUGUCAUUUCACUCACUCACUAUCACAAAAGUGAGAAUAACGAUACUGCAAUGUGGAAGUCUGAGGACCUUGAGUCCUUACUUCAAGAUGCUGGUGCUCACAAGAUUGCUUUCAAUCCGGUAACCACAAAUUCUAUCAAGAAAAUCCUUGUUCGAAUUUGCAAAAAAGAAAGCUGUAAUGCAUCUGAAGAAUUAUUGCAUCAAAUGGCAACCUCUAGUGGAGGUGAUAUCAGACAUGCAAUAAUGUCUCUUCAAUACUAUUGUCUUGAUCCCAGAAGGCAUAGUUCUGCAUUGGCAACAAGUUCUAAUCGUACUGGUUCAAAGAGCCAUGAUUCUCUGGUUCCAGGCAUGAGAGCUAUGGCCCUAGCAGUGCACUACCCUCCCCAUGUGGAAGGGAUGAGACACUUUCACUAUUUCAUGCCUUGGGGAAAUUUUUUGCACAACAAGAGGGAAACUAAUAGUGAUGUUGGUACGUAUUUGCUCCUACAUAUCCAAGCUCUUAAACUUCUGUAUUUUCAAUUACUGACAUGUUGUUACACAACGCUACAACUAUAUGACCUGGAUCCAUUUCCUCUUAAAGAAAACCUAAGAAGAAAUUCACUCCAAAUGGAUGUUCCAGAAAAGAUUCUUUCACAAGCACACGGAAAAGUACAGACAGUUGCGGAUUUUCUUUAUGAAAAUGUUAUUGAUUUCAUUGACAGUGAAGCUGUUGAUGAUGCAUGGGUUGUGGUAUCAUAUUUGAGUGAUGCGGAUUGUCUUCUUACUGCUAGUCCAAUCGCAUCAUACAACUCAGAAAACAUAGCACAACUCAUUGCUGCUUCUGUUGCGGCACGGGGAGUUCUUUUUGGAAAUGCUCAUGGCACGCCAUCAAGGUGGCAUACAAUCCGGAGCCCGAAGCUUUGGCAAAUUGAGCAAUCAUUUCGAUCCAAUAAGGACCACAUUCUGAAGGAAAGAUUUGAUUCUUCAAGGACGUGUGGUUUUUCCAACUACUCUGACUUGGUCACAGAAUUCAGACCAUUCGAGAGAUGGAUUGGCCCUCGUAAUGAUGGGCAUAGAAACAGCUGCUUGCCCCAUGGCGUAGGUGGCUUGGCCUUGGAAGUCGCUGAUGGAAAUAACUCUGAAGAGGACGAUAUGAUAGAAGAUUGUUAA